AUGAUUAAUAAGACUAGCAGAGUCCUUUAAAAUUUACUCCAUCACCUGUUGAUUUUGAUUAACUAAGUGAGACCCCUCGAGUAGAAGUACUAAACGAUAUCGAGUCUAGGCAAUGAGGAGUCAGUAAAGGAGGAUCCUCACUUUGGCUAGUUACUUAGGAAUCUAUACAAGAUCUGGAUGGAUUUUCAAGUAUUCCAUGAGCAAAAGGAUCAAAUAAGAUAACUUUUUUUCCAAUACGCAAUGAUUGUCACUAAAAAGUAUAUAAGCCUAAAAAAUGACUUGUCAAAGAAUAUGCAGUCAGAUAAUAGAGUUGCAGAUCGAACAUGCAUCACAGUAAUUAAUGUUGAUUCAAGUGCUAUAAAGAUUGACCGAGAUGAAACGUUUCGCAUGAAUACUCAGCCUAAUGUAUUGAGCGGCAAUAUCAAUGAAAACGAGUCAUUCAUGUUUUUCAAUGAAUAAAACAACAUUGCCGAAGAAGAAUAUGUAUAGCCAUUAGUUGUCUUGACUCAUAAAGUAUUUAGAAAAGAAUUCUAGAGGUAAAGUAGUCUAAGAAAAAUGAAGUAAGAACCAAAAGCAGCAGCAAAAAAAAAUCUUUUUCGAUUUGAUUCAACUCCUGACACAAAUGAUAAUGUAGAUGAUGUGCAAAGUAAAAUGAUAAAAUUCUUCGACUCAAAAGUGCAUAAUCUAUUUUAGGAAUAUAUUCAAGAAAAUAAAAAGCAAGAAUUUGAGCAGGAAAUAAAGAGAAAGAAGACAAUGUUGUCUUAUAAUAAUGCUAAAGAUGAGGAUCAAGAACAGAUGAGGAAAUCUCUUGAAGGCAAUUAACUCGAAGAAUUGAUGCAUCUUAAGUCAAACGAUUUACAUCGAUAAAAUACUCGUAAAAAUGGUAAAAAGCCACCUCCCGCUCACAAUCUCGCGAGAAUAGCAAAGCUAAAGCAUGAUCUAAAAUCAAAAUAACAAUAAUUAGUUCUUUAGAGGAAUUAAGAGAAAGAAGAGUUAAAAAGAGAAUUGUCUAUUAAGAGGUAAAUUUACUCCGAGUCAAACUCAGAUACCCUGAGCGUAAGUGUUAAGGGUAUAAGUAGAUAUAAAAUAGCAUAUCAUUGA